AAAAAAGGGCGUUUUAGAGUAGUGUUUAGUUAGCUAUGGGUGUUCACGAGUUGUGGUCCAUCGUGGAGCCGGUUCAUGAGUCGGUUCCGCUGUACAGUUUGAGCGGAAAGCUGCUGGCGGUUGACCUGAGUUUAUGGGUGUGUGAGGCCCAGCAUGUCCAGGCCAUGAUGGGGAGAGUUACCAAGCCACACCUCAGAAAUUUGUUUUUCAGGGUGUCGUCGCUCACUCUUAUGGGGGUAAAGCUUGUCUUUGUGAUGGAAGGAGAAGCCCCCAAACUUAAAGCGGAAACUAUGAGCAAGAGGACACAAACAAGAUAUGGAGGAUUCAAAAAGGCUUCUGCUCCUAAACCCACAACAAACACCAGCAGAGGGCGCUUUAACGCUGUCCUCAGAGAGUGUGCAGACAUGCUGGACUAUCUGGGUGUGCCUUGGGUGACAGCUGCUGGGGAGGCGGAGGCCAUGUGUGCCUACCUGGACUCACAGGGCCUGGUGGACGGCUGCAUCACUAAUGAUGGAGACGCCUUCUUGUACGGAGCCCGGACUAUCUACAGGAACUUCAAUAUGAACAGUAAAGACCCUCAGGUGGACUGUUACAGGACCUCCAGGGUACAAACAGAGUUGCAUCUCUCCAGAGAGAAUCUAGUUGGUCUGGCCAUCCUCCUUGGCUGUGAUUAUAUUCCUAAAGGCAUACCAGGUGUUGGUAAAGAGCAAGCUGUGAGGCUUAUCCAGACGCUGAAAGGACAAACACUUCUGCAGAGGUUCACCCAGUGGAGGGAGGAGAGUUCAGGUGUGUCUGAGGGAGUUGUAAAGAAGGUUCCUCACUGCAACGUUUGUCGACAUCCUGGCUCAGCGAAGACACAUGAACGCCACGGCUGCGUGCUUUGCGACAGUAAACAUUUUUGUCAACCUCAGGACUUUGACUACCAGUGUCCCUGUGACUGGCACCGCCAUGAGCAGACCCGCCAGGCCUCGUCUUUUGAGGCAAAUAUCAGAAAGAAAACACUGGCAAGUCAACAGUUCCCUUUUACAGAGAUCAUUCGUGAGUUCCUGAUUUCCAAGGACAAGCCUAUGUCACAUUUCAAGAGGAGACAGCCAAAUAUGCUCUUGAUGCAGAAAUUUGCCUACGACAAGAUGGAGUGGCCGAAGCACUACACCAGUGAAAAGGUUUUAGUCCUGAUGAGCUACGCAGAGUUGAUGAACCGAAAAUAUGGAAGAGAAAUGUCCCCCCAAAUCAAGCCCCUCAGAAUAUUGAAACCAAGGGUGAGGAAUGCCGUCGCUUGCUUCGAGAUCAUCUGGAGAACACCAGAACAUUACGUGUUUCCUGAGGAUCGGCCUGCAGAGGAUCAACAUGAGGUGAGGACGGUGGAGGAAGAGGCUCUCUUCCGUGUGGCCUUCCCAGAGGUGGUGGAGAGCUACCUGAGAGACAAAGCUCUGGCCGAAGAGAACAAGACCAAGAAGAAAAAGCCAAAGAGUAAAAAGGAGAAGCCGUCUGAUGUCUCCGAUGGUAUUUCGGACCUCUUGGCUCAGAUGACCCUUCAGAGUUCCUCUAACACUCAACCACAGACGCCUCUCCAUACCGUUUCAGACACAGAUGAACCAGAAGUGGUGGUUUUGGACACUCCAGUGAACCAUAAACAGCGGCAGAAGUCAAAAGAAGACCACAGCGGUCUGGGCGAUUGCCCCAUUACUCCUCUGCCUCGUGCAGAAUCAGAGGCCACUGCUUCACCGUCUGUCUCUGCUGUUAUCGACGCUCUACACCUGAGUGAUAUCGACUGGGAUGCUUUGUCCUUCACAUCCUCUCCAGCUACAAACCACAUCACUGAGCCCAAACCGACCAAAGCCACAGACGGCGAUGUCAGGGAAACAGAAGAGCAGAAAACCUCAAGUAACGUCAAAGAAGCAGACUCCAGAUCUGCUCCAGAGCUGUGCUACACAGAGUGUCCUCUGAGAGACAGGCUGCUCAUGAGGAACACAGCUAUUAAAUUUAUAAACCAGAAGGAGAUACACAAUGACGUGGUCUCAAAACAACUAAACUAUGAGUUGGCGCCUCUCAAACACAUUUCUUCUUAUAACCCAAAACCAAAUGGACAGAUCCCCAGUCAAGGUAGCAGUGACCAUAAAUUGUCUGUUGACAAAAAAGAACCACUAACUGACAAAAGGCAGUGUGCAACAAAUAAGGUAGAAACCCACGGUUCAAAACAGUACAUGAGACCUGCUGCUCAAACAAAGGACAAAUGCAUUGGCUCCCAAAAGCCUCCUCAGAAAUAUAAAUUUGUCCGAAAAGCCAUUUCAUCAUCGGCUGACCCGCCACCACAGAGGUGCCACUCUGACCCGGGUCAUAGUAACAAGGACAACAACGCGCCGCAGACCACCAAGAAGAGCGUGUGCAUGAGCAUGUGUUCAUCCAGCGAGGAAAGCGAUGCAGAGAGCCGCCAGUCUGGACCUCAAAGAAAAACUAAAAUCAAGCCCAUGAUCAAGAUCAAGGGCAGCUUGAUCUCAGACUUCCCCCUGAAACCUAAAACAACCAAACCAUCAGCAAAAACAGCUCAUACUGUUCGGUUAUUACCAAAAUGUCAGAGCUACAGUUUAGAUAUCGAGAUAAACAGCAUACCUAGCAAAUGCCAGGAUGUCUCACCAGCUACUGUGGAUGGUGAUGUGUUCCCAGCAUCACCUGUCGCUGUGUUAGAUAGCGACGAUUCAGUUAUUUGUAGUGAUAGUCCACUGCCACUGGCAGAGAGACUGAGACUGAAAUUCCUCAAGUGAGCAGCACGAUUACAGGAUGAUGGACAAGAACAUGUACGCUAUGUUAUGUUGAAUGUGAAGGUUUAUUCUUAACCUUGGAGGUUGACUAAAAAUCUUAUCUCAAGGUCCACUCAUUAGCUUUUUACAGAAGAGCUGCAACAAUUAGUCGAGUAGUCAAUUGACAGAGAAUUAAUCAGCAACUCUUGAUAAUCCAAUGAACGUUUAAGUAAUUUUUCAAAGAAAUAAGUCAAACUUUUGAUGGUUCCAGCUUCUCAAAUGUGAGAAUUUGCUGCAUUUCCUUGAAUAUCUUUGGGUUUAGGACUGUUGAUCAGACAAAACAAGACAUUUGAUGUUGAAUGAAAUUUAAAUUGUGAUGAAUUAUCAAGGAAAUAAUCAAGAAAACAGAACGGGGGGUAAAGUUGAAACACAGUUGUAAGUAAAUGUACAUGCUGAUUAGUGAGAUGAAGUUUGAAAGCGCCAGAAAAAAAGUUAUUACUUUUAUUUUAUUAAAGCUGUGCCAUUAGAUUUUAUAAAAUGUUAUUCGAUACAUGUUGUGAGACUGAAUAGCUUGACUGAUUGUGUUUCACAUGAACACAAUGUGAAAUUGUUCAAAAUAAAUAUAUUUUUUAUGUUUAAUGUUGUAUUGCACCAAAGUUUGCCUUGCUAUAACGUUUUCUUCUGAUCCUGAAAGGAACAGUUUAUGUAAAUCAGUUGUGGAUUAACACAGUUUCCACUAUGUAAUGCCAUUUAACAGCACCACAUGUGCUUAUUUCCUCCCACUGCUGUUUGACAAGCUACAUGUCACUCCACAUAUAACUAGAGAGAGAAGCUGAGGGAGACACAGAGGACGCUGCUGAGCCGUUGGUUUUACAACCAGCCGGUGUUGGUCCCCUUGAUCAUGAGUGAGGCCUUACACACCUUUUCAGACAUGAAAGGUCUGGCAGGAGCUUGGUGACAGCUGCAUCCUCUGCCCAAAUAACAACUCCUAGUCCUAGUGCUGGCUCUUAAAUCUGAGUUUUCCUAUAGAGCAAGUGCUGGAACAGUUUGUCAGGAUAAUUCAGCUUGUUUUCCAGAGCAAAUCAACUUGUCUCCUUAAGUUUGUUGAGUUCUUGUGAAGGAUAUUUACACUUGAUGGAAACAGGAAAAAAAAAUACUGCAUUGGAAACAAGUAGCAAAAUAUGUGUGCAUGUAAAGGUAAAACAGGAUUUUCAGAUUCUGCACAAAGAACAGUAAUACAUUGGGCUUUUAAUUACA